AUGGCCGAUCCCAGCCUGAAUCUCACAGCGUUGGCCAUGCAGGACCCCCUAAACCAGAACAUCACCAUCAUUGGGGCAGAUGGCUUCCAAAAUGUGGUAUCGCUCACAGAAAUCGACGCCAAUCAGAAAUAUGCCGUCAGGAAGACUAUCGCUUACUCGGUGGAGUUCGGUGCCAGUUUGGUGAUGCUGGGUGUCAUACUUGCCAUGACUCCAAGAAGCAAGUUUUGGCGGUUAGCCUUAUACAUCAACGUGGCGGCCCUCUGCAAUAACCUCGUACGGACCAUACUUCUCGCCAUUUUCUUCGAGUCAUCCUGGACGCGGUUCUACGUGCUAUACACUGGUGACAAUAGUGUAGUCACAGAGGAAGACUUCCGGAACAGUGUCUGCUCUGUCGUCUUCAGCAUCCCUCAAAAUCUCCUUAUGAUGGCAGCACUCAUGUUCCAGGCAUGGGCGAUGGUCAAGCUCUGGCCGGACAUCUACAAGUGGGGAAUACUGAUCUUUUCGGGCCUCCUGUCGCUUGCAGAGGUGGCCUUCAUGCUCGUGGCCCAAGCGGACCAGAUACGCUCGUUCUACCCGGUCUACAACACGUACGAGUUCCUGACCCAGCGCUUGUGGCUGCGAUACACAUGGCUUGCCCUCGAGCUGGCUUCUGUUUGCUGGUUCUGUCUCAUGUUCAUCCUCCGGCUUGUCACACACAUGUGGUCCAACCGCAGCUUCCUGCCGAGCACGAAGGGUGUUGCGGCGAUGGACGUGCUCGUCAUGACUAACGGCGUGCUGAUGCUGAUACCCGUGGUAUUUGUGGCGCUCCAACUAUCAGACAGGUACAUCUUCGAAACUGGAUCUCUGGUGUACACGUCCGUCAUCAUCGUUCUGCCUCUGGGUACGCUUGUAGCUCAGCGCGUAGCAGAUCCCGGGGCAUUCAACAGCGAGGCCAGUCGCGGGGGGACAAAGCGCGGCGGCAACGCCUCUGAUCGGUACGAUGCCUCCGUCACGGGCAAGAAAUCUCUUCUCCCCAGCUGGAGGCAGUCUGAUAACACCUGUACUGUGUACUCAGGGCAUAGGGGCAGCAAGUACGGCGCAGGGAAGACAGGGGUUACAUCCACUGUCACGAGUGACCGUUUCGCUAGGCGGAACUCUGAUGCGAUGCGCGAGAUUGAUAUGGAGCUGGCAAGGAUCGACGACGACCUUGAGAAGGGCAGGGUGAGGGUGAAUCGAGAAUUCCAACGGUCGGAGGAGGUGCUCUAG